UGGACGGGGAUCCACAGCCCCUCUGGGCAGCUGUUCCAGCACCUCACCACUCUCAUAGCAAAGAACUUAACGUUCAUACAGCAUCCACAAUCUUCCCGCCUGUUUGUGCACCUCCAAUCUAAUGUUCCACCUGUGAGUCCUGCACAGUUUGCCCAUAGGUGGUAUUGAUGUUGGGGUACAAACGUUGCUCUGACAUCUACCUAUACGUUGUUCUUUGGCACUUCUCUGCCUAAUAGAUGCUCUUUGGUGCUUCCCCACACAAAAGGACCAGUUCUCACCUCUCUGGAGCAUCAAGGAGUCUAUUUGAGUACUAACUAAAUUAAGAUUUUUGGCAUCCUGUCUAGAGCUCCACGAGGCCCUGUUUAAGCAGGGAGAUGGCGUGUUGCUGGGACACAGGACCAGGCGCAGCGUGCUUCUCUUUGGCCCUGAAUCUGAAGAGAAUUGCAGAAUUGUAGGCGUUGGAAGGGAUCCGUAGAAUCAUUCAGUCCACCCCCCCGUGCUGAAGCAAGUUGCCUGCAGUAGGUCACACAGGAGGGCAUCCCAUCCAGACAUGUCUUGUAUAUCUCCAGAGAAGGAGACUGCACAGGAUGCCUCUUUGGGCAGCCUGUUCCAGUGCUGUCACGCUCUCUGAGUAAAGAAUGUCUUCCUUCUGUUAGUGUGUAAAUUCCUGUGUUCCAUUUCCUGCCCAUUGCCCCUUGUUCUAUUGCUGCACGCCACCGAGAAGAUUCCACCCUCAUUAAGGGCCCACGCUCUACACACUGCACCCCAGGUUUCCCUUUGCCUUCUUGGGCACAAGGGCACGCUGCUGGCUCAUGCUCAACCUCUGCCCACCAGAACCCUCAGGUUCUCCUCUGCAGAGCUCCUCUCCAGCAGCUCAGCCCCCCCACCUGUACUGAUGCUUCAGCUGUUCCUCCCCAGGUUCAGGACUCUGCAUUUCCUCUUGUUGAACCCCAUCAGCUUCCUCUCUGCCCAGCCCUUCAGGUCCUGUUGAAUGGCAGCACAGCCUUCUGGUGUUUCAACCACUCUUCCCAGCUUCGUAUCGUGAGCAAACUUGCUGAGGGUGGGCAGAGUCUGACUCAGUAGGGUUUGUCUGCCAGCAGCUGGAUUUUGCAUGAUUUACUUCGCAUUUUGUGUCUUUGAGACUUCACAUUCCCUAUCAAGUCUAUCAAAAUGAGCUGCACACAAUGAGGAACCAUCUAUCAGGAGCCAUAAACACAUUCAGUUUAGGUAGGAAGAGCUGUUGAAAAUGAAGCCUGUCUGGCAGCCUGGUUGUCAGCCGGGUUCUUUGGUGUUACAGAACUGCAGUGUGGGUUGGGUGCGAGUUGCUGAAUGGUCCAUGGCAGGACUGCCUCUCUACAGAUUGCAGAGGUCAUAUUUCUUGUGCUUGUUUCUGGAAGACUUUUUAAGGCCAUAGGGCAGAGAGCUUUGGGAAACUCAGAGCGGUGAGAAAACUUCCCCUAAUUGUGCUGUUUGGGCAGAGUUCGGUGCUGGGGUGCAGAGCGUGGUACUGAACUUGUGCACAAAGCAUCCUCCUGAGAGGACCUCCAUCUUGCAGGAGCUCCUCGUGCCUUGCCACGUUACCACUGCAUUACUACCUGUUCAAGGCAGUUAAAUCAGUGUUAAUAUUUCAUGAUGUUGUUGAAGCCCUGCUCAGGAAGUUGAUGUAACAGGUUGCUAAUGCACCGCAGCUCGUGCCCAGAAUUGAUUUCCAGCCCGUUGAGGGCAGCUUUGGAGACAGUAUCGAACCUCACUUUGGAGUCCAAUCACUUGCUGCCUUCCUCCUUCAAAGCUAAUUCAAGACAGGAGACCACAAGUGGGAUUUCAUUCUCCCGCAGAACGUUACACUGGGGGAUGCGGCGCUUUUCAUCUUCAGCGUGAGACAGGCUGCCCAAUACGAUCUAUUCUGAAGAGCAAAGCGUUGCUUCAACCAAAUCCCAGGAGGUGGACCCCAUAAAAAUCCACGUCCAGAAGUCUGGCUGCAAAGAGUCAGUGGGAGCAGACCACGGGGAAACGGGACCUGCAUGGGCAGAAUAUGGCUGCAUUCCAAGCAAAGGCUGAGCAAUUGGUUUACGUGCCCCAAGGCCUCCCUACCAAAGGAUGAGCUUAACUCCAGGGCUUGGCACGUGUUAGGAGACUGGGAGUGCAGCUCUGCGCUUUUAGAUCUGCAUAGACCUCUAAUUUGUAGGCAAACCAAAGCAUGAUAAGAUGCUAUUAGCAUAGUGUGUUUGAAUAGGAAGUUUAACAAGGCUGAGUGCAGGGUGUUGGGAUGGGGCAGUCCCAGAUAGGAGUCCGGGCUGGAGGAGAAUUCAAUGAGGGCAGCCCUGCAGAGAAGGACUUAGGGGUUGUGGGUGCCUUGGGGACAUUCAUGGCCAGGUUGGAUGGGGAUCUGGGCAGCCUGGUUUGGUGGCUGUCAGCCCUGCAUGUGGCACUGGGGUGGAACUGGGUGGUCUUUAGGGUCCUGUCCAACCUGAACCAUUCUGCUAUUCAGUGAUUCUGUGAUGUUAUGGAGACAUUGCUGAAGUCCAGAUAGAUGUCAUCAGGGGCUCUUCCCUUGUCCGCUGGCACACACCAUCAAAAAAAGCCCUUAAAAAGCGGGUCCUGAAGGAUGGGUCCUGUGAUACAGAGCUGUGUUGGGGCAGGUUGUAGGGUUCCCUGUGCUGGGAUGUGGGGCAGGUUGUAGGGUUCCCAGUGCUGGGAUGUGGGGCAGGUUGAAGGGUUCCCUACGCUGGGAUGUGGGGCAGGUUGUAGGGUUCCCUGUGCUGGGAUGUGGGGCAGGUUGUAGGGUUCCCUGUGCUGGGAUGUGGUGCAGGUUGAAGGGUUCCCUGUGCUGGGAUGUGGGGCAGGUUGUAGGGUUGCCUGUGCUGGGAUGUGGGGCAGGUUGUAGGGCUGCUUGAGGUGGGUUUUGGGGUGGGUUUGUCGCUUUCCUGGCUGUUAAAGGAGACUUUGGGCUCUAAAAUUCAGGCCUUGGCCCAUAGAAUGAAGUUUGUCCUGUCCGAGAACGCCAUGGAUGCCCAAGGGGAGGCUUUGCACCAUAAGAAUAAUGCUUUGGGCCCUAAAAUAAGACUUCAGGUGUGAAAAAUUAGGCAGCAGGUAAGAAAACAGUGCCUUUGGUUCCCAAGUGCCCUGAAGACAAGGUUUUGGCGCUCAGUAACGGCGCUGUGGGCCAUAAAACAGAACCGCCUGACCGCACGCUCAGCCCCGCACCGCACGCGGCCGAGGUCAGCCUCGAACCCGCAGCCUCUCUGUUCCCGUCCGUUCCGCCUCUUUCCGCGCAUGCGCAGCACCGCCCCAUGGCGCUGCGCUGCGGUGUGAGGCGACAAGAUGGCGGGGCGGCCCAUGCAGGCAGCACGAUGUCCCACUGAUGAGCUGUCAUUAACAAACUGUGCUGUGGUGAAUGAGGCGGACUUCCCUUCUGGACAACACGUUGUUGUGAAGACUUCUCCCAACCACAAAUAUAUCUUCACUCUGAGAACACAUCCCUCUGUUGUUCCUGGGAACAUCGCCUUCAGCUUGCCCCAGAGAAAAUGGGCUGGACUUUCCAUAGGACAAGAGAUAGACGUUUCCCUGUACACUUUUGACAAGUCUAAGCAGUGUAUUGGCACAAUGACGAUUGAGAUAGACUUUCUGCAGAAGAAGAACAUUGAUUCCAACCCAUACGACACAGACAAGAUGGCUGCUGAGUUCAUCCAGCAGUUCAACAGCCAGGCAUUCUCUGUAGGGCAGCAGCUUGUGUUCAGUUUUAAUGACAAACUUUUUGGCCUGUUGGUAAAGUCCAUGGAAGGAAUGGAUCCCAGCAUCCUCAAAGGAGAGUCUGGAGGAAGCAAAAAACAGAAGAUUGAGGUGGGUUUGGUUUUUGGAAACAGCCAAGUGGCCUUUGAAAAAGCUGAGAAUUCCUCUCUCAAUCUAAUUGGUAAAUCAAAGACCAAAGAGAACCGCCAGUCCAUCAUCAACCCAGACUGGAAUUUUGAGAAAAUGGGCAUUGGGGGCCUUGACAAAGAGUUCUCAGAUAUUUUCAGACGAGCUUUUGCUUCUCGAGUUUUUCCACCUGAAAUUGUGGAGCAAAUGGGCUGCAAGCAUGUAAAAGGCAUUCUGCUGUAUGGACCUCCAGGCUGUGGUAAAACUCUUAUGGCCAGACAGAUUGGCAAGAUGCUGAAUGCCAGAGAACCAAAAGUGGUCAAUGGGCCAGAAAUCCUCAAUAAAUACGUGGGCGAGUCUGAGGCCAACAUCCGCAAGCUGUUUGCUGAUGCAGAAGAGGAACAAAGAAGGCUUGGAGCAAACAGUGGUGUUCAUAUCAUCAUUUUCGAUGAGAUUGAUGCAAUCUGCAAGCAGCGAGGCAGCAUGGCGGGGAGCACUGGAGUUCAUGAUACUGUUGUCAACCAGCUGCUGUCUAAAAUUGAUGGAGUAGAGCAACUCAAUAACAUCCUGGUGAUUGGAAUGACCAACAGACCUGACCUGAUUGAUGAAGCUCUGCUGAGACCAGGGAGACUGGAGGUGAAAAUGGAGAUUGGUUUGCCAGAUGAGAAGGGUCGAUUCCAGAUUCUCCAUAUCCACACAGUACGGAUGAGGGAACACCAGCUGCUGGCUGAAGAUGUGGACAUUGCAGAACUGGCAGUUGAGACAAAAAACUUCAGUGGUGCUGAAUUAGAAGGUUUAGUUCGAGCUGCUCAGUCUACUGCAAUGAACAGACAUAUCAAGGCCAGCAACAAAGUGGAAGUAGACAUGGAGAAGGCAGAAAGCUUACGUGUGACAAGAGGAGACUUCUUUGCAUCCUUGGAGAAUGAUAUCAAACCAGCAUUUGGAACCAACCAGGAGGACUAUGCAAGUUAUAUCAUGAAUGGCAUUAUUAAGUGGGGUGAUCCAGUAACAAGGGUGUUGGAUGAUGGGGAGCUGCUUGUUCAACAAACCAAGAACAGUGACCGUACUCCGCUGGUCAGCGUUCUUCUAGAAGGUCCCCCACACAGUGGGAAGACUGCUUUAGCAGCAAAGAUAGCUGAGGAAUCCAACUUCCCUUUCAUCAAGAUCUGUUCUCCUGAUAAGAUGAUUGGAUUUUCAGAAACAGCCAAGUGCCAGGCAAUGAAGAAGAUCUUUGAUGAUGCAUACAAGUCCCAGCUCAGCUGCGUCGUUGUGGAUGACAUUGAGAGACUUCUAGAUUAUGUGCCAAUUGGACCACGGUUUUCUAAUCUGGUGCUGCAAGCCCUUCUUGUGCUGCUGAAGAAGGCUCCCCCUCAGGGUCGCAAGCUCCUGAUCAUUGGAACCACCAGUCGCAAAGAUGUCCUGCAGGAAAUGGAAAUGUUGAAUGCCUUCAGCACCACGAUCCACGUACCCAACAUUGCAACAGGGGAACAGCUGAUGGAAGCUUUGGAGCUCCUGGGUAACUUUAAAGAUAAGGAACGCAGCACCAUUGCACAGAACGUCAAAGGGAAGUCUGUUUGGAUCGGUAUCAAGAAGCUGCUGAUGCUGAUAGAAAUGUCACUACAAAUGGAUCCUGAGUAUCGGGUGAAAAAAUUCUUGGCUCUUCUGAGAGAAGAAGGAACUUCCCUAGACUGAAGGUGGACCAAGUGCAAGAUCAGCAGCUGGAAAAGUGACCAACCUGGAGAAUACACACUGGGAUCCUUACUCUUCUGUGUUCAACACACUGGACAAAGUGAAAUGCUCCCCUUUUUCCAAGAACCCAAUGUGGAAUUUGCAUGUUUAGUGCAAUACAGUAUCUUUAUUCUUUGUCUUUAAUAUACAGAUAUCAUGUGGAAGUGUCUUCUAGAACACUGUGCUUCUGUCUCUGUGCAGGCGAGGCUGCAUUCUUAUUUGAUUUUAGCAUGGGGGAAAUGUUCUGUAAGUUUUGAAGCUAAUGCUCACUUAUGUCCAGCAUCCAGUUACUACAGUAGGAAAGAAAAUGUGACUUCUAGUAAAUCCUGUGGUGAAGGCUUAUUAAAGUACUCCUCUGUGUUCUGAUUUGAUGAAUGCUUUCUUGUUCGGUUAUGUCAUCCUAUGCCUCACUGAACACUGAGCAGGGCUGCUAACCCAGAGUCAGUGACCACAGCAAUGAAACUCCAGGAUUUCCAAAAUGCAGAUACCCAUUUUCUUUUAUGCCCAGGUAUUUUCUGGCUAAUGAUAAUAAGGACUGGAAGAAGGCAGGGAAGUUUGUUGAUCAGAACAGAGGAAAAAACUUCGGAAUCCAGUAUUUGAAACUUGUUCUUAAUUCAAAAACAGGCUUAGUGGUGCUGAUUCCAGCCUGAAAGCUCUGCAUUAGUACGCUGUAUAUGACGGUUUUGGCAUUAGUUGGCCUCACUACAUCCUAUUUUUCUGCCACAUUACCAAAGGAUGAAAUUCCUCCUUGGAGAUGAAGCCAAGCUCUGUGGAUGCACGAGGUGUGCACUGCCAUGUUUUUGCACUCAAACUAAGGAAUGUAUUGAACUUUGCUAUGUGGUCUUUCCCCAAUAGUCACUUUGCAUCAAUGAGGUGCUGUUAUGAUGACUGCAGGAGGAUACUCCCCUCUGGUUCCUUGGCUCCACAUGUUUAAUAAGGUUCAUGGAACGUACCUCAAUUUGGUGGGGCAUGGAAUCAAAGCCAUUUAUGAGGUGUUAGUCAGUAUAGCUUCCUUGACUUGACAGGACAUGCUGUUAAGGGCUAGCAGCUUGUAUCCAGUGAGGUGUUCCCAGGGAAGGAGGGUGCUUUGCAUAUUUUCAGGCCCAAAGGUGAAGGUACUGCAGUCCUUAUUGCGUACUUAGGGCAAUCAGAGUGUUUUAGUCACUGCACUCUGGUUUCUUUUCCUUUGGCAGUGCUGUUGUAUUGUGAUGACAUUGCGAGUCCCAGUGGUUAUUAUUCCCUCUCAUUUUGUGUAUGAUCUUGUGACUUUGUUUGUUCCAUUCUUUCCUCUGCCAGUCCUUGUGACAGCAACACUCGUUAACUUAUUUCAGAGUAAAUGAUGUAAACCUUA